AUGUCUGUCAAUCCUGUAUUGCUGCUUGUGAGCCAGGCAGACACGCUGGCAAAUGAAUUCCGAUCGGCCUAUGAACACACUCUGCCCGCCAUUGAUGCCCUGGAGCAACUACCGUACAACGAGGCACACGUCGAAGCUUGUAUGGACGUCCUUCGACAGGGUCUCGCAUCUAUGGAGCAGAGCACGUCAAAAAUGAUGAACAUGCUCUAUGAGGUGGACGUGUAUAUGACGCCAUCUUCUGUCCAAAACGCGGCUGGUUUCAACCCGCAAGAAGCACUUACUCACGUCUCGGACUUGUUUCAUAGUUAUCAAGCAGAACUUUUGGCCAAGCGAGAGACAUUGGCGGACUAUACGUGCGAAGACAUAUCUCUACCAGAAUUUACCACACAAUGGCGCACGCUUGAAGCUGUGCAACAAGGACAGCAGCAAGGCAUGGAUGACCUGGCUGACUUGCUGGCCAAGUUUGGCUAA